GCUUUUUGGAAAAGAAAACAUGACGUCGCCAGCAAAAUUCAAAAAGGAUAAGGAGAUCAUAGCUGAAUAUGACACUCAAGUUAAAGAGAUCCGUGCCCAGUUGGUAGAGCAGCUGAAAUGCCUUGACCAGCAGUGUGAGCUCCGGGUCCAGUUACUGCAGGACUUGCAGGAUUUCUUCCGCAAGAAGGCAGAGAUUGAGAUGGAUUACUCCAGGAAUUUGGAGAAGUUGGCUGAGAGAUUCCUGGCUAAAACCAGGAGCACCAAAGACCAGCAAUUCAAGAAGGAUCAGAACGUGCUGUCACCUGUGAACUGCUGGAACCUGCUGCUCAACCAGGUGAAGAGGGAGAGCAGGGACCACACCACCCUCAGUGACAUUUAUCUCAACAACAUCAUCCCACGUUUUGUCCAGGUCAGCGAGGACUCAGGACGCCUCUUCAAGAAGAGCAAGGAAGUGGGGCUGCAGCUCCAGGAGGACUUGAUGAAGGUUCUCAAUGAGCUCUACACGGUGAUGAAAACCUACCACAUGUACAACGCUGACAGCAUCAGUGCCCAGAGCAAGCUGAAGGAGGCCGAGAAGCAGGAGGAGAAGCAGAUUGGGAAGUCGGUGAGGCAGGAGGAGAGGCAGACCCCGCGCUCCCCCGACUCCAGCUCCAGCGCCAGGUUCGAGGAGAAGCACGUCCGCAGGAGCUCGGUGAAGAAAAUCGAGAAGAUGAAGGAGAAGCGCCAGGCAAAGUACACAGAGAACAGACUGAAGGCAAUCAAGGCCAGGAAUGAGUAUCUGCUGGCCCUGGAAGCCACCAAUGCCUCGGUGUUCAAGUACUACAUCCAUGACCUGUCUGAUCUCAUUGAUCAGUGCUGUGACCUGGGCUACCACGCCAGCCUGAACCGGGCGCUGCGGACGUUCCUGUCGGCCGAGCUGAACCUGGAGCAGUCCAAGCACGAGGGGCUGGAUGCCAUUGAGAACGCUGUGGAGAACCUGGAUGCCAACAGUGACAAGCAGAGGCUGAUGGAGAUGUACAACAACGUCUUCUGCCCCCCCAUGAAGUUUGAGUUCCAGCCACACAUGGGGGACAUGGAGUCCCAGCUCUGUGCCCAGCAGCCAGUGCAGGGUGAGCUGGUGCAGAGGUGUCAGCAGCUGCAGUCCCGCCUGUCCACGCUCAAGAUCGAAAAUGAAGAGGUGAAGAAGACAAUGGAGGCCACUCUGCAGACAAUCCAGGACAUUGUCACCAUCGAGGACUUUGAUGUCUCUGACUGCUUCCAGUACAGCAACUCCAUGGAGUCUGUGAAAUCCACCGUGUCUGAGACGUUCAUGAGCAAACCCAGCAUUGCCAAGAGAAGGGCAAACCAGCAGGAGACUGAGCAGUUCUACUUCACAAAAAUGAAGGAAUACCUGGAAGGCAGGAACCUGAUCACGAAGCUCCAGGCCAAGCAUGACCUCCUGCAGAAGACCCUGGGAGAAAGUCAGAGGACAGACUGUGCCCUGGCCAGUGGCAGGCGCAGCUCCACCGUGAGGAAACAGGAUUCCUCCCAGGCCAUUCCCCUGGUGGUGGAGAGCUGCAUCCGAUUCAUCAGCAGGCACGGUUUGCAGCACGAAGGAAUAUUCAGAGUGUCUGGCUCACAGGUGGAAGUGAAUGACAUCAAAAAUGCAUUUGAGAGAGGGGAAGAUCCCUUGGCUGGGGACCAGAAUGACCACGACAUGGAUUCCAUAGCAGGAGUCCUCAAGCUCUAUUUCCGAGGCUUGGAGCACCCCCUGUUCCCCAAGGACAUCUUCCAUGACCUGAUUGCCUGUGUCACCAUGGAUAACUUGCAGGAGCGAGCGCUGCACGUCAGGAAGGUGCUGCUGAACCUGCCCAAGACCACCCUGAUUGUCAUGAGAUACCUCUUUGCAUUCCUCAAUCAUCUGUCUCAGUUCAGUGAAGAAAACAUGAUGGAUCCCUACAACCUGGCCAUCUGCUUUGGGCCCACGCUGAUGUCUGUGCCCGAGGGGCACGACCAGGUCUCCUGCCAGGCCCAUGUCAAUGAAUUGAUCAAAACCAUCAUCAUCCAGCAUGAGAACAUCUUCCCAGGAGCCAGGGAGCUGGAGGGGCCAGUCUACAGCAGGGGUGGAAACACAGAGGAUUACUGUGAGAGCCCUCAUGGAGAGAGAGCCCUGGCAGAGGACUCGGUGCAGGAUGUCACAGCUGAGCACCACACCAGUGAUGAUGAGUGCGAGCCCAUCGAGGCCAUAGCCCGGUUUGACUACGCGGGCAGGAGCGGCCGGGAGCUGUCCUUCAAGAAGGGCGCGUCGCUGCUGCUGUACCAGCGCGCCUCGGACGACUGGUGGGAGGGGCGGCACAACGGCAUCGACGGGCUCAUCCCCCACCAGUACAUCGUGGUGCAGGACAGUGAGGAUGGGAUGUCAGAAAGGUCCAGUCCGAAGUCAGAAAUAGAAAUAAAUUCUGAGCCCCCGGAGGAGAAGGUGACAGCCAGAGCCGGUGCCAGCUGCCCAAGCGGGGGCCACGUCGCAGAUAUUUACCUUGCAAACAUCAACAAGCAAAGAAAGAAACCAGAGUCAGGCAGCAUCAGAAGAGCGUUCCGCCAAAGUGACGGCCACGGCCUAGGUAGUUCCCUGGCAGAACCAGCCUCCCCCGGAGCCAUAGCCGGUUCCAGGCCCUCAUCUCAGCCCAUUAUGAGCCAGAGCCUUCCCAAGGAGCUCCCAGACAAAUGCUCCAUCAGUGGCCACGGCAGCCUCAACUCCAUCAGCCGGCACUCGUCGCUCAAGAGCAGGAUGGACAGCCCGCAGCUGCGCAAGGCGGUGACGGCCGGGCGCUCCAAGAGCUUCAACAGCCACCGGCCCCUGGACCCCGAGGUCAUUGCCCAGGACAUCGAGGCCACCAUGAACUCGGCGCUGAACGAGCUGCGGGAGCUGGAGCGGCAGAGCAGCGCCAAGCACGCGCCCGACGUGGUGCUGGACACGCUGGAGCCCCUCAAGCCGGCGGCGCCCACCUCGGAGCCCUCCAGCCCCCUGCACGCGCAGCUGCUGCGGGAGGCCGAGGCGCCGUUCCAGCGCAGCGCCAGCGCCGCCGGCGACAUCCCCUGCGCCCUGCGGCCGCUCAAGGCCAAGGCGCCGCCGCUGAAGCCGCCGGCCACGCGCCCCAAGCCGGCCCUGUUCCCCAAGGGCGCCGCCCCCAGCGCCCCCUCGGCCGCCCAGCAGCCCCCGGACAAGCCCUGCACUGUCUGAUCCUCCUGAAGGGAGCUCCAGCGCGCUGGGAAUUCAAUAACAAAC